UGAGUUUCUUCGCAACAGUUCCUCGGCUAUAUAAAGGCAGGUAGAGCUGCUAUCCAGCGCUGAACGAGCCACAUAGGCUACCCCACACCUCUCACUACUUUACCUCACUCUUCUGUUCAUCUGCACGUCCACACCCCGUCCGUCCGGAUGAGUUAUUCGAUAGACACUAUAGGGAGUCCCUACCGGAGGGUGAUGGACACCAGGACGAGCUAUUCGAGCCCCUCUAGCGGGUUCCGCUCCCAGACCUGGUCGAGGGCAAGCCCGAGUUCUUCUUCCUACAAGAGAAGCUUCAACGUCCCGGUGGCGCGAGCUUACGGCUCAACGGUUCUGAGCUCCACUGACAGCCUUGAUUUCACUCAGACGUCCAUCCUCAAUGGAGACUACAAGCGCUCAAAUGAGAAGGAACAACUCCAGGGACUCAACGACCGCUUCGCGGGCUACAUCGACAAGGUGCACUUUCUGGAGCAGCAGAACCAGCAGAUCGAGGCGGAGAUCCAGGCACUGCGACAGAAGCAGGUGUCGCAGUCUCAGCUGGGCGAACUUUACGACCAAGAGCUGCAGGAGUUGCGCUCCAUGCUGGAGCAGAUCCACAACGAGAAGGCGCAGAUCCAACUGGACACCGACCACAUUGACGUAGACAUCCAGCGCCUUAGGGACCGCUUCGACGAGGAAGCCCGCAUCAGGGAAGAGACGGAAGCGAUCGUCCGUGCCCUGAAGAAGGACAUGGGCGACUCAGCACUCGUCAAAGCAGAGUUGGAGAAGAAAGUGCAGUCCCUGCAGGACGAGAUCGCGUUUAUUCGCAACAACCACCAAGAGGAGCUCAGCGAUCUGUUAGCGCAAGUGCAGGCGUCACAGAUCACCGUGGAGAAGAGGGACUACCAGAAGACGGAUAUCACCGACGCGCUGCGUGAGAUUCGCUCGCAGCUGGAGGGCCACUCGACGCAAAACCUCCAGCAGGUGGAAGACUGGUUCGUGUGCCGCUACUCGAAACUCACAGAGGCCGCUGAGCAAAAUAAAGGCGCCAUCAAAUCCGCACGGGACGAGAUCGCAGAUUAUCGCCGCCAGUUACAGUCCAAAACCAUCGAGUUGGAGUCUGUCCGAGGAACCAAAGAGUCUCUGGAGAGGCAGCUGAACGACAUAGAGGACCGACACAACAAUGACCUCUCCAGCCUUCAGGAAACCAUCCACCAGCUGGAAAAUGAACUCAAGAGCACGAAAUGGGAGAUGGCACGGCAUCUUCGUGAAUACCAGGACCUCUUGAAUGUCAAAAUGGCACUAGAUAUUGAGAUUGCAGCAUACAGAAAACUUCUUGAAGGAGAGGAGAGCCACUUUAGCACUUUCCCAUAUCGCCAGACCGUCACCAAAGGCUCCAAGGUCAAAAGUGAGCCGCCUAAACUUAAAGUGCAACACAAAUUUGUGGAGGAGAUCAUCGAGGAGACGAGGGUGAAGGAUGAGAAGUCUGAGAUGGAUGAGGCUUUGGCUGAGAUGGCAGAGGAGUUGUCAGCUGCCAAAGAGGAAGAUGAAGGAGAGGAGAAGGGAGAGGCUGAGGGUGAAAAAGGUGGCGAUGAGGAAGGAGAGAAAGGAGAGGAAGGUGAAGGUGAGGUGGAAGAAGGAGAGGAGGAAGUGGUUGCCUCAACCCAAGCCAAAGUAGCCUCUGGAGCCCCUGCUGAGGAUGAAGAGGAAGGAGAGAAAGAAGGAGGUGAUGAAGAACAAGAAGAAGAAGCUGGAAAGGUUGAUGAGGAGGAAGAGAAGGGAGAGGAGGGAACGGAGGGUGAGGAGGACAAGAAAGAAGAUGAUGCAGAAGAUGAAGCCGAAGAAACUAAGUCACCCAAAGCAAAGGCCUCUCCUGAGAGUGAGAAAGCAGAAGAGAAGGAGGCCAGCGGAGGAGAAGAAGAAGGAGAAGAGGGUGAUGAGAAAGAUGAGGCAGAUGCAGGUAGCGACAAAGGAUCAACGGAUGAAAAAGAAGCCGAAGCAAAGGAGCAGCCUAAGAAAACAGAAACGGCAAAGGAAGACAAGAAGGGAAAAGAGGAGAAAGAAGAGGCCAAAUCUGAAAAAGACAGUGCACCUGUGAAAGAAACCAAGACGGAGACGACUAAACCAGAAUCUCCAAAGAGUGAGAGUCCAAAGAGCGAAAGCCCAAAGGAGACACCUAAGACAGAGACUCCAAAAAAGGAAGCCCCCAAAAGUGAGUCUCCCAAGACUGAGAGUCCUAAGAAAGAGGAACCAAAGGAAGAACCACCCAAGAAAGAGGCGCCAAAGUCAGAACCACCGAAAGCUGAAACUAAAGAUUCCCCAAAACCAGCAGAUGAGAAAAAGAGUGAACCAGAAAAAAAGCCUGACGACAAACAGAAAGAGGCAACCGUGAAUGGAGACAUGGCCAAGAAAGACAAGAAGAACGAGUCCGAUAAGGUGGUCUCCAACGGAGUGGAUGAGAGCCCAACCAAAGAUGAAUCGAGCCAGAGGGUGGUCAUCACCAAGACGGUGGAGACCAUCACGACUGGGGAAGGCGGAGUCAAACAAGUCACAAAAACUGUUACCGUCACCGAGAAAGGAGAGGAGGUGGACGAGAGCGUCGGGGAAAAAGUGGUCUCCAAAACCCCGGAGAAGGCCGUGAAGUCCACUGAAGCAGAUUAGGCCCGAACGUACAGCUAUAGCCGACUGAAGAGGAAUGUAGGAGGAGGCAUUCAAGCAAUCAACACAAAAUGAACAUAACCAAGAAAUCAUAAAGAUCAACAGAUGUACCUAAUUACAUUAACCACACUAAACAAAAACAAGCAUAGAGAGAAGCCACAAGAUGCGGCAAGCUAAAAAAAUGCAUGUUGAGUGACGGCUUUAAAUGGGUUCUGCUGCAUAUGUGGUCCAGGACGCCGGGGACUCACUUUCACUUUUGUUCAAACUGCAAUACCUGGGGGAGGGGGACGGUCACUUGAAUGUGCCGUCUGCAUGCCAGCUCAGGGGGAGCGCGCUCCUCGUUCUUCGAGAUAGAAUAAUAACCACCCUAAUAUAAAAUAGUCGCGGAGUGGUGGGGAAUGACAUUUGCUUCAAGUUAGGGUAACAAGGGUCGUAGAGAUAUGUUCUUCUGACAAAGUAGCCUUAUAAAUAUUAUUAUUGCGAGGACACCAACUGAGCCAAAAAUGUUAAAAAAAUAAAUUAAAAAAAAAUACAAAAAAUGGACAAAGGCGAUGGUGAAAAUAGCCCACGGUCAUAUACACUCAGUACAUAAAGCAACUAAGAAACUCUUAGCCUUAAACAUGCUUUUUACCGUUGUCAGUUAUGUUUACCUGAUGAGUGCAUUUGAAAAUAAACCUGUCAAUGCGCACAUACAUUCUUGUAUGCAUAGGAUUGACUUGAAUUCUACUACUUACCGUUAAUGAGGUGCUACCGUUUGCCGUCCCAUGUCUUUGUUCAUCUGAAUGAAUUUCUCAGCAGCAUUUGCUCAAUAAACAUCAUAUUAAAAAAAA